AUGCUUUUCGAAGAGGAAGUUGCACCAUUGCUUUUUUACGAGGAGAGAGUUAAACCCUAUCGAAGUAUUCUUGAGGAUAACUUGUGGGAUGCCAUUAUGUCAAGAUUUGCAGAUCCAGAUGUGUCUAUCUCUUUUCCCAUUUUACCUUCUCGUAAAAAAGUAACUGUACAACUUUCUUCUCGAAAAGAUUGGCAACAGUCGUAUCAUGGAUCUGAAUUUUGCUGA